UAGUGGUGAAGGGACAGUAAACCCAAGACAAACGUCAUCAUCUAGCAGCUGACAAGUACAUCACCCACACAACAAGAAAUGACAACGCUGUUGUUGUUGAGUAUUCUCGCAGCCCUGGCAAGUGCUCAGCUGGGGUUACCCGGAGGAAAAGUGACCGUCACAGUGGAACCUACCGCCGAACCUGUUGUCUUUGCUGUGCAGGCGAUAAACAACCAGUUCAAAACCAACGGGGACGCAACUCCACGCGAGCUAGCGGAGAUAAUCAGCGCCCAGUCACAGGUUGUGGCCGGACAGUUGCUCUAUCUCAACCUUCGUCUCACAGGAGCCCAAUCGGACGACUACUGUAAGGUUGACGUGUGGUUCCGCGCCUGGCUGCAUGAUGCCGACCGCCUCAUCAUCACCAACGGCCCCACGUGCGCCAAGUCUCUCAGCAGACGACAGAUGGCCGGUGGCAUCAGCGACCCCAUAGCUCUUGGGACAAAUCCCGCUAAGGAGGUGGCCGAUGCCCUCAGCUUCGCCGUCUGCGCAGUCAACGACGCCAGCAACGACAUGUUCUUCUCAGUCCUAGGCGACACGUCUAGUGUGACGUACACACAGCAGGUGACUGCCGGCAUGACCUACCGCUUUCACAAGGUGCCCCUUCAGACGUCAUCAUGCAGGAAGCAAGUCAACAGUUGCCAGCAGACCGACCUCUCGACCUGUGCGGUUUGCUGCUAACGCCAGGACCACAACUUGUGAUUUGACUGUCCAGUCUCAGCCAUGGCUGACUCCUGCUUACACCUUACUGACUAUGAGCUGCCACUAGAUGCGCUCGCAACUCGGAGACCAGGGGUCCACUAGCCCCGGUCACCUGCCGGGACUGUAGUUAAGGGAAGGUGGUCACACGGAGGUCAACAAAAAACAGUCCGCAACUUUCUAAGGGCACUGCUCUGCUUUCCUUUUUUUUUUUUUUAGGUCACAAUUAUCUAGAUAACAGUUGUGGUCGAGGAUAAAGCCUCAAAAACCUGAUCUGUUGGUGUCCCUGUAAGUGACGUCAUCAACGGUACUACAGUACGUCUUCAGCUUUGUAUUGUGAGGCCAUUUUGAACCUCAAUCCUCUCGGUCAUGUUAUUACAUUAUGAAUAAAGAAACAUAAGAAAAAAUACUUUAUAAGC